AGUUGUGAGAGAAAGAGACUGAACGAGAAAAGAAACGAUGGCACACUACAGAGCGAGCUCAGAGGAAGAGAACAUGAUGAACAGGGCCAGUAGUAGCCGAAAAAUCGAAGAAGAAGACGAAGAGGAAGCCAUGAAAGUAGCGGCUAUGGAGAAGUUGCAGCGUCUUCCGACGUACGACCGGGCAAGGAAGGCUGUUCUUAGAGGGAUCACAGGAGGUUUCAAGGAGAUUGACAUGAAAGAUCUUGGCUUCACGGAGAGAAGAGAGUUAUUCGAUAGAGUGAUGCCGAUGGAUGACGAGGAUUGGCAUGGAGAGUAUCUACGGAGGCUAAAGAGUCGUUUCGAUAGAGUCUCUUUGAAUCUACCAACGAUAGAAGUCCGAUUUGAGGAUUUAAACCUGACCACAGAAGCCUAUGCAGGAAGAAAAGCUGUUCCCACAGUCAUGAACUCAUUCGUUAACGUUGUAAAAGGUAUUGGGACGACAAUCGGAGUUCUUCGGAUUCAGAAAAAGAGAAUCUCCAUUCUUAAGGAUGUGAGCGGGAUCAUCAAACCCGGCAGACUGACUCUACUUUUGGGACCACCGGGCUCUGGAAAGUCUACCUUACUAAAAGCAUUGUCUGGAAAGACAGAAACUGGACUAAAAUCUACAGGGAAAGUGACGUACAAUGGGCAUGAAUUGCAUGAGUUCGUGCCAGAAAGAACUGCCGGCUACAUUGACCAAUACGAUGUUCACUUGCCGGACUUAACAGUUCGUGAAACAUUAAAAUUUUCUGCAAGAUGCCAAGGAGUGGGAACAAGCUACGAUAUGCUUGCGGAGUUACUGAGACGGGAGAAAGACUUGAAUAUCAAGCCAGAGCCUUACCUUGAUGCGUUAAUGAAGGCAUCGGUUAUGAAAGGUCACAAGGAGUAUGUAGUCACAGAUUACGUUUUAAAAGUCUUAGGACUUGAGAUGUGUGCUGAUACGAUAGUUGGGAAUCAUAUGAAAAGAGGAAUCUCUGGUGGGCAAAAGAAACGCGUAACCACUGGUGAGAUGUUGGUCGGACCAGUGGGAGCUUUCUUCAUGGACAACAUUUCAGAUGGUUUAGAUAGCUCUACGACGUUUCUGAUCGUCAAGAGCAUUAAGCAAAUGAUCAAAGUUUUCGAUAAAACCGCUCUUAUAUCUCUUCUUCAACCUCCUCCUGAGACAUUCGAGCUCUUCGAUGAUGUCAUUAUUCUUGGAGAAGGCCACAUUGUUUACCAAGGCCCUCGGGAAAACGUCCUUGAAUUUUUUGAAUCUAUGGGGUUUAAGUGUCCUGAAAGAAAAGGGAUAGCUGAUUACUUGCAGGAAAUUUUAUCCAGGAAAGAUCAAGAACAGUAUUGGGUUAAUCAAGAGCUGCCAUAUCGUUAUGUAUCAGCACAACAAUUCAAGGAAGGCUUCAAAAUGCACCAUUUCGGGAGCACAAUGCAGUCCCAGCUUGCAACGCCUUAUGAUCGAUGGGAUAAUCACAGAGCAGCCCUGACAAGGACGAGAUAUGGAGCUAGCAAGUUGGAGCUACUAAAGGCAUGCUUAGAACGAGAAAGAAUUUUCAUGAAGAGGAACUUACGCACUUUUCUCUUGAAGUCACUUCAGCUCUUUAUCAAUGCAGUUAUAAUCACAGUUGUGUUUUCACAACAAAAGGAACAUCACAGUACGGUAGAGGAUGGAAUCAUAUACAUGGGAGCUAUCUAUUUGGAAGUGCAAAUGAUUGUAUUCUCUGGUUUUUUCGAACUUCCCAUGACUAUUGAUAAGCUUCCAGUGUUCUACAAGCAACGCCAUUUCAGCUUUUACCCAUCAUGGACCUUCUCAUUACCAACCUCAAUCAUAACCUUCCCUUUAUCCUUCGUUGAAGUCUUCAUUGUGGUCUUCUUUACUUAUUACUUCAUUGGAUAUGAUUUUACCAUCACAUCGAUCUUUAAACAUUACUUAGUUCUAGCAUUGUGCGGACAAAUGUCGUAUGGACUAUUUCGGUGUAUUGGUGCAGUGACUCGAAAUCAUGUGGUUGCAAACACAAUGGGAUGUCUUGCUGUGAUGUGGCUAAUGACAUUCAGCGGCUAUGUGUUGUCGCGAAAUCAAGUACACAAAUGGUUAACAUGGGCGUAUUGGACAUCACCAAUGAUGUAUAUACAGACAGCUGUUUCGGUUAACGAAUUCCGUAGCAAGUCCUGGAAAGAUGGUCUAGGAGUUGCGGUCUUAAAAUCGCGAGGAUUUUUUGUAGAAACUUACUGGUAUUGGAUUGGACUUUUAGCAUUGAUCGUAUCUACAAUCAUGUCCAACAUUAUUACAUCUUUGAGUCUGGCUUAUCUUAAACAAUAUGGAGUAUCCAAGUAUGCCGUUAUACCAGACGAAUGUGGAGAGACUGAUAGCAACGAUAUUAUAACGGGUAAAAAACUAUUCAUCUCCUUUAAAAGAGUGGCAACAACGAGAACAUGCAACGACAAAAAAGUUCUUAUACCUUUCAAGCCUCUAUACAUGACGUUUGAGAACAUCACAUAUUCUGUUGAUACUCCGAAGGAGAUGAAAAAAGAAAAGGGCAUAGCAGAGGAUAAACUGGUCCUAUUGAAUGGAUUAAGCGGUGCUUUUAGGCCGGGUGUUCUUACUGCACUUAUGGGCGUGAGUGGGGCAGGCAAAACUACUUUGAUGGAUGUUUUAGCCGGGCGUAAGAACACAGGAUACAUUCACGGAGAUAUACAUGUUUCUGGAUUUCCUAAAAAACAGGAUAGCUUUGCCCGUGUUUCGGGUUAUUGUGAACAAUCUGACAUCCACUCCCCUCUAUUAACAGUCUAUGAGUCUCUUCUUUAUUCUGCGUGGUUAAGGUUGCCCCCUAAUAUCGACACACAUACUCGAGAGCUCUUUAUUGAAGAGGUGAUGGAAUUGAUAGAGUUAAAAGCAUUGAGGGAGAUGUUGGUUGGACAUGUGGGAGUUAGUGGGCUUUCGACCGAGCAAAGAAAAAGAAUGACAAUCGCAGUAGAGCUUGUAGCAAAUCCUUCUAUUCUUUUCAUGGAUGAGCCAACAUCCGGAUUGGAUGCAAGAGCGGCCGCAAUUGUCAUGAGGACUGUUAGAAACACUGUUGACACUGGAAGAACUGUUGUAUUUUUUGAAUGUAUCACUGGAAGCUUAACAAACUCUUUGUCCUCGUUGGAACCAUCUUACCAAUCAAAUCCUUAUAGGAAAAAAGUGAUGUAA